AUGGCCGACAAUAAUAAAAAUUUUGAAAGAUACAAAAAAUGCGAAGAAAAUGAAAAAGAAUAAAUGGAAAAAUUAAUCUAAUAUUAAAAGGGGCUGGCUGAGAAGAAAGAGAAUUAAUAAUACUAAUAAUACAUUUUAAGGAUAGAUAGUUAUAAUUAUGAAGAAAAAGAAAAAUAAUAUAAAAUCAUUUCUCAAGUUGAAAAGAAGAAGAAAGCUCAAAGUUUACUUUAGUAUUUUAAAGAAAAUAAAAAAUCUAAUCUAGCUUCUAGGUAUAAUAUCUUUGAUAAUUUACUAUAAAUAGCGGAAUUUUUAAAAAAUUAAAAUAUCCCUCAUAACAAUAUUAUACCAAGUAAUCUUGUUUUAGUUGGAGAUAAAUUAUAUCUAACAGAUUUUGGAUUUCUUUAAAAUGAAAAAUAAGAACCAGUUUUAUUUUAAGAUUAGUUGAAUUUUAUGCAAAAUCUAAAUCAAGAGGAAAAAAGAUAAAUUUAUCCUUAUUUAAAUACAGACCUAUUACAGAUUGUAAGAGAGGAAGAUGAUUAAAAAAAAAGGGAAAAACUAAAAUCAAGAAAAGUGGAGAAUGUAAAACAAUAAGAUUAAUAUGCAUUAACAAUAAUAAUGCUAGAGUUGUUUUAUCCUUUGGAUGAUUUUAAAAAUCUACCUAUAGAUAUUUUAACAUUAGAGUAACCGAAAAUUCCAAACUUAACAAAUGAAGCUUGGAAAAUAAUAAAAGAUUUAAUAGAUAAAAGAUUAAAGAAUGAGCCUUAUUCACUUGAAAAAUUAAUAAAUGAAGAAUAAAUACCUCAAUAUAUAAUUAAUAAAGAUAAUUUAAUAAAAGAAGACAUUUAAAAAUACUCUUAACAGUGUCUUGAAGAGAAUGCCAUAUUUGAUAAAAGCAUAUUGUAUUUGUAUAAUUUAGAAGAAUUAAGACACAAAUAAAACUAAAUAAAGAAAUAAGAUGAAAAAGAUUUUGAAAAUCUUAAAGAAGAAAUUAAAAAACUACAAGAAGAUUUGAAAAAAAUAAAUGAUAUUGACAAACAUAGUGAAAUAAAAAAAGAUGAUCUUAAUAAUUUCGACCCAUCAGAAAAUAAUUUGUCAGAAAAAAAUUUGGAAAUAAAACUUUGUUAGUUAUUAUAAUUGGAUUAUGAGAUAAAAGUGCUAAAUGAGAUAAAUUAGCCUUAGAAUUCAAUUUGCAAUACAUUAAAAUUAGUGUCAUUUUAUGAAUUAAAAAGAUAAUUAAAAGAUGUUUAUGAUAAAUUUGAAAAGUUAAAAUAAGAAGAUUUUUCAUUUAAUCAAAAAGUUCCUGUAAAAUAGCAGCCUGAUUGUUUGGAAUAUCUCUAUACAUUUAAAAUUAAAUAAAAUAGUGAGGAAAUUUCCUAGUGUUUCUUAAAUUUACUUCCAAAUUAAGAAUUUAAAUAAUAUUUUGAGAGACAUAAGACAUAAUAUUUUUUAAAGGAUACUUCAUUCCCUUUAUAAGUUUUUUAAAAAAAAAAAAAAAAUUAAACUAAUAAUAUAGAAAAAAAUUAAACUAAUAGGAUAGAAAAAAAUUAAACUAAUAGGAUAUAUAUUGGUUAAUUUAAUUCCUAACAAUAGUUUAAGGGUUAAGUAAUUGACAAAAUAGAGGUUGAAAGAAAAAAUAAUGAAAAUUUUCCUUUUAAUUAACGAAGAAAGUAACUACUAUAAAAUAAAAGAACCCUCGUUAAGCAUUAUUUUGAUAUAUAAAUUGAUAAUGUCAGUUAAGAAAAUGAAACCAUUAAAUCUUCAGAUGACAAAAAAAAAAGUUGUAUUUUAGAAUUGGAAUUUUAGGAAUUUUUAGCCUUUAAAGUAAUCAAAAAAUAUAAGGGCCUUAUUGCUGAAAAUAUGUAUUAAGACGGAGGAAUUUUAAUUGAUUAUGAAAAAAACGUAAUUUUUAAUGGUAACUGGAACUCUGGUGAAUUUACAGAUGGAAGUUUAUCCGUUAUAGAUAUAGAUUUAUUGGAACUAAAUAGUCCUAUAAAAAUCAUAGGAAAUUUUAAAAAUUGGUUGCCUGAUGGUUAGAAUAUCACCACAUACUUUAAAAAUAAAAAGGAAGAGCAUAUUUCCAUAGGAGAUUAUAAAAAUGGAAUUAUGACAGGAAGUCAUGAACAUUAUCUAAUAAAUAAGGAAAAAAAUUAGUGGACAGAUGAAAAGGAUCUAAAAGAGAUAAAUAAUUAGAAAUAUUCAUGGAUGGAAUAGAAUAAAGAACACAAAACAUUUACUCAAGUCUUCUGUUGUUUGUUUAGUUAUUUUAUUAACUAAAAAAAUAACACAGCUUGAAUAAUUAUAAAU